AUGAGUUCCGCAACAAAAAUAGCAUCUGCCAUCGCCGGCGCAACCGGCCUGACUACUGCCGUCUGUGUGAUCGGUGUAUUCUACCUCUUCAAUGAUGUCAGCAUUUACUAUAACCAAGCGAUUGAUGAUCUCUUGAACAUCAAGGAUCUGGCAAAUGUCGCUUGGUACGAAAUGCGGCCACAGGGAGACAAGCGAGCGGCUGUCUUCCGUAGUCGCCGGCAAGCACCGGACUUCCAGUAUCCGCCACACUGUGCUUGCGCGGCCUUCCCGACUGCU